AUGGCUUCUCCUCCCCACCCCGUCCUCUGCACCCUGCUCCUCCUGCUGCUCCUCCGCAAUGCCGCCGGCGCCGCGGCCGCCUCCUCCGCGGUGAACCCCUUCACGGCCAAGGCGGCCUUCAUCCGCUACUGGAACCGCAAGGUGCCCAACAACCGCCCCCACCCGCCCUUCUUCCUCUCCAAGCUCUCCCCGCUCUCCGCCGCCGACGCCGCGUCCUUCCCCUCCUCCCUCGCCGACAUCCGCGCCCGCCUCCCCACGCUCUGCUCCAAGGCCUCUCUGCUAUGCCCCUCCUCUCACGUCGCAUCGCUCGCCGCCCGCAAGGGCCCCUUCAACAGCUACAACAACGCCAACUUCACCAACUACGGCUCCGGCGCCGCCACUGGCACCGACGGCUUCACCAACUACUCCCCCGACGUCAACAUCGCCGUCGACUCGUUCCGCCGCUACGGCCGGGACUCGUCGGGCCGGGCCGACACGUUCACCACCUACGAGGCCAACGGCAACGUCGUCACCGCCAACUUCACCUCCUACGCCGGCGGCGCUACCGGCGGCUCGGGCUCCUUCACCGCCUACGCCGAGGAAACCAACGCCCCGGACUCCAAGUUCACCAACUACGACGCCGGGGCCAAUGGCCGGGCCCGCGGCUUCACCACCUACUCCCACGAGGCCAACACCGGGGCCAACAGCUUCGCCGGCUACGGCAAGAGCGGCAACCGCCUGCGGGAGACCUUCACCUCCUACGGCAACGAAACCAACGUCCUCAGCUCCGGCUUCGCCAACUACGGCGAGUCAGCCAACGGCGCCACCGACACCUUCACCGGGUACGGCGCCGAGGGGAACGUGCCCGAGAACACGUUCCGGAGCUACGGCGCCGGCGGCAAUGCCGGGGUGGACACGUUCAAGGGGUACCGCGAGGACGCCAACGUCGGCGCCGACAGCUUCACCUCCUACGCCAAGGCCGCCAACGGCGGGGCCGCCGAGUUCCGGAGCUACGGCGGCUCGGGUAAUCAGGGCAGCGUCGACUUCAAAGGCUACGGCGAAGGCACCAACCCCAACCACCACAUUGAUUUCACGGCGUACGCCGGAGACAACACCACAUUCAAGGGGUACGCCAAGACCGGCGUCGACUUCAAGGAGUAUCACAACACGUCCGGCGGCGCGGCGACAGCAAUGCUCGCCGAGGCGGCCACAUCCAGUCACCAGCAUAUGAAGUGGUCACCGGAGCCAGGCAAGUUCUUCAGGGAGCGGGAGCUCGUGGCCGGGAACCGAAUGCCGAUGCCGGACAUCAGGGACAAGAUGCCACCCAGGGCAUUCCUGCCGAGGGACCUCGCCAUGAAGAUACCAUUCCAACCGAAUGCCGUGUCGGACGCAUUCAUGGUGCCUCUGGACACGGCGAUGGGGAAGGCGGUGGCGUCCACGGUGGCCGAGUGCGAGCGCCCACCCAGCCAGGGCGAGACCAAGCGGUGCGCGACCUCGGCCGAGGACAUCGUGGACUUCGCUGUCGAGAUGCUCGGCAACGACAUCGUCGUGCACAGCACGGCCUCCACGGCCGGCAGCGGCGGGGACAUCAGGCUCGGCAACGUCACCGGAGUCCACGGCGGCAAGGUGACACGGUCCGUGUCGUGCCACCAGAGCCUGUUCCCGUACCUGGUCUACUACUGCCACUCGGUGCCCAAGGCGCGGGUGUACCAGGCUGACAUCAUGGCCGCCGACUCCGAUCAGAAGAUCAACCACGGCGUGGCCAUCUGUCACGUCGACACUUCGGACUGGAGCCCGACUCACGGGGCCUUCAUCGCGCUCGGCGGAAAGCCCGGCGAGACCGAGGUCUGCCACUGGAUCUUCGAGGGCGACAUGACGUGGACAGUCGCAGAUUGAUGCCAUGACAACAGGUCAAUCGACUGAGUUCUCUUACUGCUAAGCUUUAUAUUUCUUCUUCUGCAACCUCAAGGGUUUAAGAAUUGCUCACUCUGUGUAGUAGAAAAGGGUUGGUUCACUGUAAAUCCUAGAAAUUUGGGUGAGUCGUGGGUAAUUUGAUCUGCUUGAUCAAAUUGGCAUUUGCUGUGUUGUGGUAAAGCAAAGGAGUUCUAUAAAAUCUGGAUCAGAUUCUUACUUGACUAA